AUGAACAAGGAUGAUGAUGAUAAUGGUGCUGCAGCUGAUUCAGACAGCAGCAGUGAAUCGGAAAGUUCAGAUUCAAAUUCAUCAGAUAGUGAUGACGAUGACGAUGAUAACCAUUUAACUCCUGAUGAACUUCUCACUCAUAUGCAUGCAGAUCUAGAUUCUAUUGAGUUAGCACUGACUGAUUUGGAACAGAUUUUCGAAAAUAAUCGACGUGAACUACUCGCUGAAGGUGUUUUCUACUAUUCUCAAAUUAGUCCCACAGAUUGA